AUGAUUGAAAGUCCCAGGGCCGCCAUUCCGGCUUUCUAUCCAAACAGACUGGCCAUUUUCCUCUGCGUGUGCGCAAACAUCCUUUUCCUCGCUGCGAGCCCUGUUGCAUUCUUCGCUUCAACUGUGCAAAAGUCCAAGACCCCAGCCGAGGACGACAGCCCGUACUAUGGACUGUUAUACUUUUGUAGCUUUGGCACCGCAGCAUUCAGCAUCAUUGUCAUAGCUGGGGUCUCGAAAGUCUUCUACAAGCUCGUGGAAAGCCCUGUCGAAUCGGGCGAGCAGCAUAGUCGAUAUAAUAGAGUCUGGAAUGCUUUUGUCCUUAGUGUGAUAACAACGCUCGUGUUUGUUGCGGCUUCUGGAUAUCUGGGCUUCCUUUGGGGCGGCGGAGCCCAAUAUUUCGGCGGCUUCGGGGUCACUUCCCUGCUCGCUUUUCUGGCGACGUGA